AAUAAUUAUAAAACACUAAUCCAUAACUAUUUCAGAAAUCCUAAGAUUUUUUUUGUGAACCAUGUUCGUGAGACAGUCUGGUGUGUUAGUAAAAGGAAUUGGUCAGCGUAAUUCUUCUUUCCUUGGAGGCCUGUUCGGAGGAAAGGAUGAAGGGUUGUUCGGAGGAAGUCAGAAGAAUGAGAUGUCCACAGUGCAGGAAGCAACUUUUGAUUAUCAUCCUUAUAAACUUCACAGGUUGGAAACUGGGCCCGCGACCUCGACCCUCCUUACCAGGGAUGAGGCCUUGAAGUACUACCACCAGAUGGUGACCAUCAGAAGGAUGGAGACUGCUGCUGCAAACCUUUACAAGGAGAAGGAGAUCAGAGGUUUUUGCCAUCUAUGCUCUGGCCAGGAAGCCAUCUAUACCGGUAUGCACGCCGCUAUGCGUGAGAUGGACUCUGUUAUCACCUCCUACCGUGCCCACGGGUUCACCUAUGUGAUGGGAGUCCCUGUGUUGGGUGUGCUAGGGGAGCUGGCUGGGAAGAAGAGCGGAGUGGUCAGGGGGAAGGGAGGUUCUAUGCAUAUGUACACCAAGAUUAAUUAUUUUCCCCUAAAAAUGGAAAGACAUGCUGCCUCAACAGAUUUCUACAAGAGAGGAGACUUCAUUCCAG